CCAGACGUCCAAAAACAAACCCUCUCCUCAGAUCCCGAAACCGGCGACAACACCGUCCUGCUCACACACACGCCGGGAAGUGAAUGGGGCGAUCCGGUCUGCACGCAUGAGUAUUGGGAGGAAGUGUACAUUAUCUCUGGCAGGUUGUUCGAUAAGACAUUGAAGCAAUGGUUUGGCGAGGGGGAUUAUUGUUGCAGGCCCCCGGGGAUGGUGCAUGGGCCUUUUAAGGCGGAUGGG